UUUCUGUAAACAAUUUCUCCAUAUAUAAAGAAAACCAUCUUCUAUUCUUAUGCUCAGUUCAUCAAAUCUACUUGACCAAAAUAGUGCAGUACUCCUACAAAAUGAUCUCAAACUCCAUAGUUGUGCUGUGUGUUUUAUUUGGCCUAUCUGCUUCAGAUUUUAUGCAUACGUCUGACAAAACAUACUUUCUGUCUACUGAAAAUCUGAACUGGACCGAUGCCAGAGAAGCCUGUAUCGAUGCAGGUUUGGAAUUGGCCAGCGUUAGAUCCAAUGAAGAACGCGAUGCUAUAGAAGCCUUUUUAAAGGAGUACAACCCAAAACCAACUUCGUGGUAUGGCUAUUGGCUGGCUGGAAUAAAAUACCCUAACGGUACAUUCUACUGGGAUACCACCGACAUAGAGGUUGGAGACAACGUUGAAAACGGUUGGCUGCCUGAUGAACCCAAUGAUGCUUUCAAUACCGAAAACUGUCUCGAACUGAAAUGGGACGAACACCAUUUGGGCUGGAACGAUUUUUCUUGUGACGAAGAAAAACCGUACAUCUGUCAAAAUCCGAGAAAAGAAGAUUCCAAUGGCAAUAGCUUGGAUGAUUAUAGUUUUCUACUUAAAAUUGAACCAAGAAAUCAAUUUGAAUAUGCAGGUGUACACAGCCGCUACAUACCUUUUAUAAAACGUAGUCCUGCAGGCUUCCAGUAUUUCGAUUUAGAUUCUUAUAUUAAAUUUCAUCGUGAAAUAAUUGCACAAUCAAAUUUAGAUUCUACUACUCCUCCAAGUACUACACAUGCUCCUAUAGUAGGUUCAACUUUAGAAUCUGUUACCACCACAAAUAAUCCUGAGAGUUUGGUAGAAUCAAGUUCAUCAGAUUAUGUUACUAUAAAUAGAUUCUCUCAAGAUUUAGUACAAUCAAGUGAAGAAUCUAUUGCUACUUCUCAUACGCCUGAGGAUUUAGUAAUAUCAGAUUCAGAAUCUACUACAAUACCUUCUCAAGAUUUAGCGCAAUCAAAUAUAGAAUCGACUACUCAGAUUUCAUUGACUAUUCCUCAAUAUAUAAUACGAGCAAAAUUAAAAUCUGUUACGCUUUCUCCUGCAUAUUUGGCACGAUCAGAUAUGGACUCUGUUACUACGUCUACUACUGAAAAAUUAGAUGAACUAGAAUUAGAACCUACUAGAUCUUCAGUUUCUGAUGAAAAUUCAGAUUUUCUUGAUAUAGAACCUCUAUAUUAUGAUUGGUAGUAGUGUUAUUGGUAUUAGGAUGGGAAGUCUCGGAAUUAUGACAAUUCGGGGAUUAUUAUAGAUAACGACAAAUAUAAUAUAUAAUGUUUUACUUAUAAUUUUUUGCCACCAACACAAUCUAUAUUUGUAUUACUGACUGACUAAACUGUUGAUAAUAUACCGUUAAGCUAAAAAAGAAUUGUUCUAUAAAGAAAAAUAAAGAUUUUAAGAACUGA